CAGGAAAGGACUCAUUUCGUUAACCACGUCUCCUUUUGACAACUCAACUCAACCCGCGAGACACCGUGCUACCAGUGGUUGAAGCCUGACAGCUUCCUUUUGCCCGUUCCAGCACCCGCGGCACCUCGGCAUGCCCAUCUCCAUAGACGAACUCAUUCGCCGGCACCCCCGGGAGCGGCUUUUUGUGCAACCCCUGGAAUGGACAGCGCGACAUGUCGAGCUUCUGCAGUGUUCCUUUGAGCUGCAAGACGACGAGGUUCCGCGCGGGAAAACCGUCGAUGAGGCGGUUCACGAUGCCGAUCUGAUGGAUCGCCGGCCGUUUAGCUACUGGACCCACGAAGCUGAGGUCUUGGCAAACUCGGACACCAAGAACGCCGUCAUUCGACGCAUUCUCACAGACCGAAACGGGCCCUUCAAAUGCAUUCGGCCGUUUGGCUUCUUUCAUUAUGGUGCCGACCACAAGUUUCGCCUCCACGGUCUAGUCUUUGCUCCCUGCAGUCAACGUCAGGGUCCUGGUCAAGACCAAACGCCUCCAGUCUUCGCAUUCAUGCAACGCAGUAUGGUUAAAAUACAAAGAGAGGCCGCAUUCCCGAUGCCUCGUCCUCGGCGCCGCCAACAACUGCCGAAUGUACCUGUCGCAGCUGCCCGCCAGCUUCAGUUGAAGCAUCUAGAGCCUGCAGAUCCAUGCCGUGACCCGUACAUUCUUGUUGUGCUUCUUGGUCUUGCACAGGCUCAAGCUGAGACGGUGGCGGUCAGCAGCAGCAGCUCCAAAACUGACCGGACAAGGCAUGAAUACAGAGUCUGUGCCAUAUUUAUUGAUGAAACGAAUACCGAACACAUGAAUUUCUAUUCAGCCAACAUCAGCGCGACUUUUCUCGGGAAAUUCGGUUACCCCGAGCAUUUGCAAGUGCCUCAGUCGCCACCCCUCUCGUCUUCUUUAACCAUCAAGCACAGCAAAUUCCCUUACAAGCCUUACACAUCAUUGCGUCAGCGUCUGAUUGAUGCGAUUAAAUCUCAAUAACGGUUCAUCAAAAUACGCUUUGAUAGGAUGGAAUAGGAAAAGUCUGGACUCAUAGGUGCUGAAAGGGAAUAAUCACCCAAAUUGAGUUGUUGAUACGGCAUUAGUCGCUCAUGCACUCUUGUGCAGACUACGCUAGGUGACUGGCGAGGGCAUCGUCAGAUGUAACGCCGAGAAAAAAAGACAAGGUCAGAUUGGGUCAAAGGGAGGAAUGAUAAAUCUGGCACCUGGGAGAACCGAAUCUUGCGCUUUUAGGUGUAUUCAGCAAGGAAGAAGGAGACCAGAAAAACAGUUGCUGCCAUGGAUGGCUUAGGUUAGGGAAUAGGGCAAAACAAAAGAUACUUGAAGCGUCUCAUAUAUGUAGGAUUCACAAUCUGAUUUCCAGCUUCGAAUAAAAGUCCAAAUUACACAAAAAAGAAA